AAAUACUCUGUGACAGAGACAGAGACAGUGGGACAGGGUGGCUGAUUGUCACGUCCGGAGGUUUCCUUCCCAGGCCCGGCCCAGGCCCUCACCAUGCCCACCCACUCCCCUGAAUCAAUUUUAGAAUACUUUGAGUAUGAUGAGUCUGCUGAAGCCUGUGAUAUGGGGGACAUCGUGGCCUUUGGGACCGUCUUCCUGUCCAUACUCUACUCCCUUGUCUUUGCCUUUGGCCUGCUGGGAAAUUUGCUGGUGGUGUUUGCCCUCACCAACAGCCGGAAGCCCAAGAGUAUCACCGACAUUUACCUCCUGAAUCUGGCCUUGUCUGAUCUGCUCUUUGUAACCACCUUACCCUUCUGGACUCACUACCUGAUAAGUGAACAAGGCCUUCACAAUGCUGUGUGCAAACUCACCACCGCCUUCUUCUUCAUCGGCUUUUUUGGAGGCAUAUUCUUCAUCACUGUCAUCAGCAUUGAUAGGUACCUGGCCAUUGUCCUGGCAGCCAACUCCAUGCACAACCGGACUGUGCAGCAUGGCGUCACCAUCAGCCUAGGUGUCUGGGCGGCAGCCAUCUUGGUGGCAGCACCUCAGUUCAUGUUCACAAAACAAAAAGAAAAUGAAUGCCUCGGUGACUACCCUGAGGUCCUGCAGGAACUCUGGCCUGUGCUCCGCAACGUGGAAGCAAAUUUGCUUGGCUUCCUGCUCCCCCUGCUCAUUAUGAGUUACUGUUACAUCAGAAUCAUGCAGACACUGUUUUCCUGUAAGAACCACAAGAAAGCCAAAGCCAUUAAACUGAUCUUUCUGGUGGUCAUCAUGUUUUUCCUCUUCUGGACACCCUACAACAUCAUGAUUUUCUUAGAGACACUUAAUCUCUAUGACUUCUUUCCCAGUUGUGACAUGAAGAGGGAUCUGAGGUUGGCCCUCAGUGUGACCGAGACAAUUGCGUUUAUCCACUGUUGCCUCAAUCCCUUUAUAUACGCAUUUGCUGGAGAGAAGUUCAGAAGAUACCUUUACCACUUGUAUAGGAAAUGUCUGGCUGUCCUGUGUGGUCGUCCUGGACACGUCAGUUUCUCCCCGACUGAAUCGCAAACGAGCAGGCGGGAAAGCAUUCUGAGCAGCAAUUUUACUCACCACACCAGUGAUGGAGAUGGGUCCAUCAUUCUCUGAAGGGAUACCCAAAGCUUUAUUCCCACAGAGAGCCUGGAGUUCCUGAGCUUGACACUGAAUAAUGAGGACAGACUCUUUUGUUUCUUACAUGCAAGAAAUGAUGA